AUGAAGACCAGCCAGCUGCUCAGACAGCUCUCUACAGCAGCUCAACGAACGCUGGGAGAGCCUCAUGUCCUAACCCGCCCAUCAGCCUUCAUUCGCCCUCUCAGCCCAAACGCUGUUGCCGGGCCAAGCCGGCCCUCGUCAAUCGGGACAGACUUUCAGCUCUAUCCCGACUUCUUUGGGGAAGAGGAAUCCAGGCAACUCCUAGCAAUGGCGCUAUGGAAGCUGGAUCGAGUGGACAGCACUCGGCGCAGAAGACGGAACAAGGGACUCUGGGAGGAGUCCGAGGCAGGUGGGGCGGGGUUGCAGUCGCUGUUCCAUGGCGAGUAUGGGUUUGAGGAGGGCCACUACGACUCGGUCAUACAUCAAUAUCGAGAGACGCUGCUUUCAAGUUUCCCGCCACCAGAUAAGGCUUGGCCAGACCUCUCCGCGCUCAUGAAGCGGAUCUACGACCUCCUUCCUGUCAGCGAGCCCGGGGGAUCGUACACUCAGACAGGAGCCGUCCGAGGCACGCAUGAGCAAACUCCAAGAGGCACAUCAACACACCUCCUCCAUCUGGCUCCUCAUGGUGCCAUCCUGCCACAUGUCGACAACCUGGAAGCUUCAGGCAGUGUCAUCAUCGGUACCUCUUUGGGCGCGGAGCGGAUACUACGCUUGAAGGAGAAGGGCGGCGAGGAGGGUUGGGACAUUCGACUACCGAGCGGGAGUCUCUAUAUCCAGCGCGACACAGUACGAUAUCAAUACGACCACUCAAUCCUGCCAUACGAUGAUACGGGGUCUGCUUGGCAGGGCAAGAAACUCGAGCCUGGCCAUAGGAUCAGUUUGAUGGUCAGAGUGAGCUGGUCCCCGGGCUUGAGAGUAUGUGUCCGAUCUGAUCACUUAGGACGCCCCUGCUCGGUCCGCCCAGCUAUGAGAAUGCUACUUCGAAUGCUAGUCAUGGAACACGGUACAGUGCUCUACCAGGGUACCGCCGCCUUGCGCCAAAGCGCUGACACUUCGCUCAUGGUGCAAGUCAAAAGUGCAUCCAAUGCUUAA